GGCGCGCUUAUCGAGUCGGCGUGCGGCGCGGCAAUCCACUCUCGGCUGCGCAGUUUCCAAACCGCGCGAGCAGGCGUAGGAUCGGCGCUUUCGGCGCACAAAGGAAGCGCGCUUUGAGUGAGCGGUCAAGCCACUGGCGCGGACCCGAGGUGCGCAUUGUCUGUGGCGCGCGCGCCGGACUUCGGAACUUUCCUUUUUUUUUUUUGAUCCCGCGCUGUGUGGGAACGCCGCCUUCUUCCUUCCUCCCGCGCAACACAGCAAGCACGCACGCACGCCAAGGCGUUUUUUUACGGCCCGCCUCCGCCGCCACUGCUGACCAAAGCGCAAGGAGUUGCGUCGACGAGUUUCUUUCACGCAACGGGAAAGGUAUGACUCCGCUAGAGACAGCGGCGACUCACGUGACUCCCGGCAGCCUAAGGCCGAGCCCCAUCGUAUUUUACAACGAGGCGCACGGCCACGGAAUGACCACCUACCACAAUCACCACGGAGCUGGAGGAGGCGGCUUGCAUCCGUCCGCAGAAGUCCACGGUGCACAUCCGACCAGCCAUUUUCUCGGAAGUCAAAUAGUUGUGGGCGUCAGCCCCUCGGCCAACGGCUCCGGCCGCGUGACCGCCGGCAGCGCCACCAACGGCGUCGGCAAGGCGAGCAAGAAGCACGGCAAGAAUCACGGAGGCAAGCGCCUCUCGAACCGCAUCAUCGAGGCGAGCCUGUGCGUGUUCCUGAGCCUGUGCGUCUCCCUGGCGGGCCUCUUCCUGGGCCUUCUCUACCAGCCGCUGCUUCUCAUCGUAUUCGCGUGCGGGCUCGUGGCGCUGCUCGCCUACCUCUGCUACGGUUUCGUCCACUACAAGCGCUCCUGGCGGAGACGUAACUCUGGUCUGACGUCUUACUGGGCGGGCCACCGCAAGAUCUCGGUGGUCUCCGUCGACCGCAUGCCUACCAUCAACGAGGUGCUCAUCGAGGACAACGUCUCCAUCACCAAGGGUCUCCCCGAGGAGACCUGGAGCGGCAAGACGUUCGUCGUGCAGAACGGGAGCACGUCUCCCGAGAGCUGAAAGCAGAGUGCGGCACCGCGUCUGGGCGCCUCAUCCUGCGCGCGUGUGCAUCGAAUCCGUGCCGUUGGGUUCACGUGACUUCGCGCCGAACGCCAUGAUGGCGGUUUCUGCGAGUCGCGCUGAAAGCGGGUCGCGUUCCCAUGGCAACAGGCGCUUUAGCAAAGAACGCGUUUGAUAUCAGAGAGGUGCACGGCUUUCGUUAACACCUGUCGCGAGGUUGCACAAAAACCAUGGCUCAAAAACGGUGCACCUACUGGUCCAGCUCAUUGGGUCUUACAGAUCUUUGUGGCACCUGCUGAAGAAAAAAAGAAAGUGAACUAAGCAGUGCUAACGCAUGACACUUAAACAUCUAGUCAUUUUCUGCUCAUAAGGGUAGUACGUGUCUGCUAUCUACAGGAAAUUUGCCGCAGUAGGAGAGCACAACUUGAAACGGGGUUUCGAUGCUUGCACGGUUGCCCAAGUCUGGUACGUGGCAAUCCAACGUAUCCAUGUAUGUGACGAUCCAACAAUGUGUUUGAUGUUUCAAACUAGUUGAUAAUGUGUUCCGAAACACCCAUAAAACCUAGACUUGCUCACUUUAAUACAGGAAUAUGGAACCUUAAGGGACAGGCCGCAGCUUAAAACUGAAUGCCUGGCAGCUUGUCGUUUUGCCAGGGAGAUAAGACAAGAGGUGUAGACAUCGUGGUAUAAACUCUAUCUUUUUUUUUAGAGUUUUGAAGUGUCUACAUGUUAAAUAAGAUCAAAUGUGUCGCAAUCUUUUUUUCUAUGUGAACAAACAUUAUAAUCACAGAAACCUAUGCUAUAAGUAGCCAAGUGCAUUGUCUUAUUCUUUCGUAUACAUAACAAAACACAAGCCAUCAUUCAUUAAACAGGUUUAUUAAUUCCUCAGCACACAAUACACGUCGUUCAAAACAGCACAUAUAAAGUAUCGCGACACAAUAUAAGGUACACAACAAUAUUAGCACGGCAAGUGUAAAGAUAGUAGGAACUGAUGAUGAUAGGAAAACAGGAAACAAAGUACAGUUCAGUUGCAAAUGUACGAUCAAAAUGCUAAAGAAGCACAGGAUGCCACUCACACAAAUGUUCACGACCCGUGAAAGAGGUCAAAGUCGACAUGUGGUUAUUCAAUUCAACUCAAAUACCAAGCAUACCGUGAUGGUUUGGUGACCAAAGUCACUGUCAACAUGCUGACCCUUCUAUAUAACACUCAAUCAACAGGUGUUUAAAAAAAAAAUGGGUGGGAGAGAGCACUGAGUAGAAAUCUAAAAUAUGUGUGACACUAAGAAUUAAAAAAGAGCAUGGAUAUAUGAUGAGUCUCUUUUUGGUUUGAUCGGUAGCUUAGUUCGUGCCACCCCACUCCUCCCACUGAGUUAAUUUUACAGAAUGACUUGAUGUUUUUUGCAGUCUUGUGUUCUCUCUUUAAUUAAAUCCAGCAAGAAAUCACUGGCGUGUCUAGUUGGGCACGCUUAAAAACUAUGCAGCUAAACAAAGCACCAUACAUCCGAAUAAUAAAAAGACACUGCCACUUCACUCUAAAGCAGGUACCCUGACUGGAAUGUUGUGCAUUAUGACUACAUAAGCAUGUGCUAGUGUAUACCAGUGCUUCAUGAACCGCCUCUGAAAUGCAGAGAUCCGUCAUACACUGCUCAGACCAUACCUUCUUGCUCUAACACAGCAGCCAAAUGCACCUUUCAAAACUUGCAAUCAACAGCUGUACAGACGUAGUGAAUUGUCAUUUAGGGCGCAUUUUAUGGAGUUCACAGAUGGGCGAUAUAUGACUAUGCAGACUACUGAGAUAUACCUGAGCAAAACAGUGACCAACAUAUCUGUCUGUAAAACAACUCUGCUUCACCAAAUGGAAUGUAAUGAAAUCACAGAUGAUGUAAUAAAAGAAGCAAGCGUUGAAAGGAAUGUCUCUUAGCUCAUGUGGGCCUCUCUCGCAGCACUGCUUUGAACAUGCAUCUCUCAGCGUCUAUGGAGUAAAUAAUGAGCUUUGCAAUCAAGCUAUAUUGAGCCACAAACUGUCAGCACGCUUAAAUGACAAUAGCUAAACAUGAGCAAAGGCUUGUUGCUUUGACAUAAAACAUGCAACAAGGUGGACUAAUAGAGACGCAAAGGAAUUGUUGUGUAAGCCAGUGAAGAGCUCUUUGCUGACUAAAAGAAUGUUAUUCUCCACGUACAACUACCACAAACUCACUAUGCAAAUCACAUACUUCAGUAACAUGAUCAGUAUAUAUGUAUUAUGCCUACACAAUAUUACGAAAAAAAGAAGAAAAAAAAGAUGGGCAUUUGUUGCAAGCAAACUCUGUGUCUCCUUUUUGCUUUCAAUUUGCAAAAAAAAGAAAAAGAAAGCAUCAAUUGUUCACAUAUGACUAGAAGAACAAAGUUUGUUAGAGACCUUACUGUGUUAAAUGACUGGCAUGGUUACAAGCCAAUAAAUAUUUCACAAAGAGAACAAGACACAAAGGUUCAGUGAGAUACCCUUCACACGAUGACGCAUAACCUCUCAAGUACCAAAGGUGAGCCUUACUCAUCCUAAUAAUUUUUUGCACCAUCUGCCAGGACCAGUCUGAGUCAGUUUCAUAAUCCAUUACAGAUUUGUUAAUGCAGACAAUGAGGCAAGUUCCUGCAUCCUAUUCUGAUACCAUUUUAGAACUCUCUCUUUUGCCUCUAAGAGGGAAACAGGUGAAACAUUGUGGCAGUUAUGUCAGAACUAAUGAAAAUCGUUGCUAUUGGAUAACCUAAUCAUCUAGCCUUUGGACGGCUUUGUGCUGGAUAACAGAAAGCCAGUGGCUUUUGAUAGUAGGGUAUCAACAAGGUUUUUGAGAAAGAAGUCUUGUAUUUCAAAUUUUCACAGAAAAUGUUGCUCACAAGUAGCGGCAUGAUGUGUGCAUUUUUAAUCUACAACAAAUUUUAUACUCAGAUUUGCAAUAAGGAAAAUUACCAUUUUCAAAAAAAUUUAUGUCCACAAUCUCUGAGUGGUCGAAAAAUUUAAUUGAAAUUAUUUUUCAAGAACUUUAUCAAUACCUUCAAAUUGGUUCCGCAUGAAGCAUAAGCUAUGACAGCAAGUGCCAGCAGACUGUCAUGGAGAAAUAAAUAUUCAGGUGGAGAAACUUCUCCAAGUGGCACCGACACAAAUAGGUGGCCAGAUAACAUCACAGGAACAAGUGAAAUAGAAAGUGAUCAUGGAGGGAAAACAGUGACGAAGGGAUAUUCACUGGAGCAGAACGAAAGUUUGCAGCGGUGGGCUCAGUUGCCAUGGCAACCAUGCAAACAGGAAGAUUUAGCCUAGGGUGCCAAAGCGCACCAGGUUACAAACUGCCUGGAGCUUCUGCAACACGAUGAAACUGUGUCCAAGAUGGUAAGCACCAACUAGCUCACAAGUGAGUGUUAACCAGAGCCCUCUGGUGUAUCCUUUAUUUGUCCACAUUCCAAAUGUACUGCGCCUCCACGUAACAGCAAGUAACUAAGCCUAACAGUAUAUGUUAUGCAGCACCAUCUGGCAUCCGCAUCCUAAGUGCCCUGCGCAUAACCCUAAUGAGCAACAAACUACUAACACACCAAUAUGUAUGUGGUAACCAGCACCUUAUGGUGUGUUGUUUUCAUGUGUCCUCAUCCUGAGUGUGCUGAGCUUAUAGAUAAUGAAAUACCCUGUCCCCUCAGAGCUACAUGUGCAGUACUACACAGGACCACAAAAGAUACAUGUUCAAUUCUGUGUUUGAAUGCACGGAGAUGGCUUGAACCCUACAACUAGCACACUCCCUAGGUACACUCCCUAGAUACACUCCCUAUGUACACUCUUAGGUACACUCCCUAGGCACACUCCCCCAGUAUACCACCAACCUCUUUCAAACCUUUAAGCUAACUACUCAACCGCUGCUAUCUCGUCGCAUCAUGUAACACCUGAUCAAAAUGAAAUUCUCGCAAAUAAAUUUUUAGCAAAGACUGAGCGCUGAUGCAGCCAUAUUUCUUAAUGCAAUGCAAAAAAAGUAUGCAAGAACAAACUUCUUUUUCAUGUGCCAGAAUCACAAGCGGGAUACAACCCCGGCUAUAUAUAUAAAAAAAGGAGGAAUCUAAUUCAACUGAACUCUGUUGCUAAUUCUCUAUAGCUGUCCUUUUGACAGCUGUCACUACAAUCACAUUUUACAGCUAGGAGAAUAAGGAAGCCAGGUGGCUCCAGAACAACUCAUGCACUUUUUGUGACACUGUCAUGACAAACCAAGUUUGGCACACUCUAAACAGUAAUGGCUCCUCACAGCUAAGCGGUAAACACCCUAACAACUAAAACUUUAGACACGAUCACUCAGCAUGUUAACUCUUGUCUACAAAAUGUGAGCCAGCUAUGCAGUACCCAAUCAUUCUUGAACUAGUCAAGCAGUAACACUGAUUGACAAAUUUGUAUGCCAUGCACAAACGACAAGCCCUGAAGAUAUAUUGUUAAUUAGCUAAAGUCAAAUGUGGCUGUUGAUGUACGAGUCAUUGCUGUGUAAGGUGUUCUCUUCUAUCAUCCUUUAGUGUAGCAACAUCUUGCACUCGGAAACUGUUACUGCGCUAAUGGCAUACAUACUACAUAAACAAUAAAAUCUAAUUACCUACUUCAGCAUGACUUUGUCCCGUAGGCCUUGUUGGCAGUGACUGAGAGCAGGAUGUCAAAAAAUAGGAUUUUACCCUUUGAAGCUCACUAAGUUGAGUUUGACAAAAGAUGAGAAACAUGCAAAAAGACACAUCACCCAUGCUAUCCCAGAUUCAACAGAAAACAUAACGCUAGAUAGAUCUCGAGAAUCCAUGCAUGAAGAUGAAAUUGACAAUCCAUCCGUAACACCAAAGGGUGUACACAUAAAACACAUUAAAAGGAACAUCAGUACAACAUGUGAUAAAAGUAGCACGCCACAAAUUUGACGUACAAAUGGGAACGCUUCAUAACGGCUCUGAGACGCACUUUUUGUCGCAAAAGCUUCCUGGCCAGAACGCCUAUGGCCAAGAAUGGUCCUAAAGACGUGGGGCAGUGGUGCAACUCCCGGUAUGCGGCUGAUCUAAUGUUACUGAGACUUCAAGGUCUCUUGUGAGAAUCUCUGAACACCGCAAACCCAUGGCUCAAGACUCAAGACUCAACACCUCCAUCUCAACUGCUAAACCCAUCCCAUGCCUUCAUCUCUUACAACUUUGGCAGCUGCCUUGCCUUACGUGUGGGUCCAGUCAGGAUAGUCAUGUGACCGUGGUGCAUUAUGGUAGUUGGUCGAGCCACCAAGAUAGACACUGACACUACAUGCUCAAGAUCUUACUGCAAUGGCAAAACAUGCAAAAGGAACUGAGGCACUAAAGUGGGUUACCCACUUCAUCUGUUGACAUCAUCACCUAUCUCCAUCACACCAGCCAGCACCAGUGGGCAAAGGUAGUGAAUACCCCAAGGCUACCAUACCAUACCAUACCAUACCAUACCAAGUAACAAUAAUUGCACUUUUUUUGUUGGUGGUGUUCACUGCUGUGUGUUGUAGUGUUCUAUGCCCAUGUGGGAGUUAUUGCACCAGUCCAAGACAGGCAUGGCUGGAUGUUACCUACCCUCUAUGGCCCACUGCACUCAAGGUUACCUUACGAGCAAGCACAAAGCAGCAACCAUGUUGAAUAUACCUUCGGCGAGGUGUCAGUGCACUUAUCUUACAUUACGUGAUAACUACGCAGUUAUCUUUACCUGAAUUAGUGCAAUGUAAGUUAGAGAUUAAAGUGGUACGCACGGUACACACUUCACACCUCACGGUGAACAAUUCAGACGUCAUAGCAGUGAGGCUGUUGCACAGCAUAAAUAGACACACUGCUAAUGGACGAUGCUGCACUGCAGGUAUGCCGAAAAUGUGUUCCAUAUCCUUGCCACCAUAUGUUGGUUCAUGUUUAGUUUGGCUGUGAGCAACUGAGUCUAGCAAACUUUGCGACAAAUAGUACACAGAAAUAGGCACUAGGCAUACAACCAGAGCUUUUGUUUAAAUUCUACAGUAAUGAGAAAUAAUUCAUUAAUGACAAUCAGCAUGCCAUGAAAGGAGUACAACAUGUCUGCUAUCGACAGGGAGCAAUCAACAGACCCUGUCACUAAAAAAUAUUUGCACCAGGACAUGAUAGCGCAAAAUGUGUGACGGCAGCUUACAAGAGGCAAGCUUACCAUCACUUAUCCACAGAAAUGGCAGUAGAAGGCAAUGACAAGCUGAAGAGUGACACAUAAGGUCUGAAAACAUGGCACAUGCAAAAGUGACAUGUGCUGUCUAGGAUAAAAAUAUUAGAACAAGGUCAAGAAAGAGAAAACAAGAGAAAGCAGCCUCGGAGGUGCAUCUGGUGUAGGCCAGUGAAAGAGAAUAGACCCGCGCGUUCCUGCAUCGCCUGUCUCAGAUUAUUAAAAAUAGGGUACCCAAGGUGAUACGAUAUUACAGACCAAGCUUCCUUAGCACUUGUGCUACAAUCACUGAUCCAGUUAUGUAGUGAAAUGCAUUGCUGUUAAUCGACAUUUCGUAGGUUGCUUGCUUAUGGGCAAAAUUUUUUGUUGCUGUUGUUUCCGGUAUUUGCCUGUUUUGCGAUAGCUGCAGUAUUUCAUACAGGGUACUGUGGUCACUGUUACGUUGUCGCUAUUUGAGUAAAAGAUAACUUUGCUCAUGUUUUAGGACGUGAUACUAUUCUGCUAUUAUACAGUGGUGCUUGUUAUGAAAAUGUUUUUGACGACACUCCUACAAGGACCCUGAGUUAGGCCUGCAGUAUAUUGUAAACAAAUAAAGAGGUACAGAAACCUGAUUGGAAAAGCAGUGCACUUUGCAGUAAAUUUUGAGUAGGUAUUUUUUUUUAACUGGAGCUAGGUACAAAGUCUCUAGCAAAAUGUUAUACACUUAGUACUGGCUGACUUCGAUUUUGCAGUUCCAACAUGGCCCUCAGGUGGUUGUUAAAAGGUAAACAGUGUGAUACUAUGUAAGAACUACAUUGGCAAUUUUCGUGUAAAUUCUGAUGUCUGCCAACUACCAUACAGCUUGGUCAGCAAUAAUUGUAUAAUCUCAAAUUCCCUAUAUUUGUUAAUCAGAGACAGUCAUCACACAGGCAUACAACAUCCAUCCGGUAUGGUGAGCCCGGGGUGGAACGGUCAAAUACUGUCAGAUUUCUGGGACGAUUAAUGUUUUCACGCAUUAUAAUCCAUGAUUAGAAUCCUUGCACUUCUCCCAACAAAGCAUGUUUCGUGUUUACUGCUGAUCUGCUGACACUCAAAGUUUGCACCAGAAUUUCACUUUAUAGCUUACAUGGAGCGUUUAGUGCCAGCGCUUGUCUGGUUCUUCUGACAAAACAACAAACACGACCGAUCUGUGCAAAUGUUACUGAUUGCAGAGCCAUUCACAGUGAACAGCAGUUUCACCCCCUGAUCCUGUAAUGUCACUAAAAAUGUCCAUUACACGUAGAUAUCAGCGAGAAACAUUUUAGAUUCACUUUGUUAUAUUAGAAAAUUCGUUACAGUGAGACUGCACUGCGGUCACACAUGCAUUCUUGUUAAGCACUGAAAUCAAAGACCGUUAAGAUCUGUAAUCUCCAUUCGCUCCCUUUCAUGAUCCCGUACCAAGAAGCCAAUGAAGCUAAGCGAUCUUAAUGGCCUUAGAUUUCAAUCAUCACUGAAGAUGAGUGCAUGACCAGGGUAUCACAAACAUAGGGAGAACCUGAUAAUCAUACAAUGAACGCUGAACUGUUAGUGACCUUAACCCUUUCGCUGUCGGACCUUUCUGACCGUGACGCACCCCCAGUGUCGGCUUGGUUUCAGGGAACGAGCAUAACAGGGAAUGAACAUAGCAAUUUAUUUUUGAUUAUGAUUGGUAUACAAAUAACAUAGUCAAUGUAAUAUACGCAUUUCAGUGUUCUGCAGCUGUUGUUAGUAAACAUCAUCAUCAUCAUCAGCCUGACUAUAAAAUCCCUUCAACACCCGAA